GGCUGUUGAAGUACGCUUGCAGCUCUAAGUAGAGGUCGCUGCAAGCCGGAGGCUGAUCCUACUCGAGCUCUUGCACUAACUGGACAGAUUUUCUAGCGGAAAAGUACGAAGGCCCUAUUAAGCCAAGAGAUGCAGCUGGCUGCUAUCUCACUGCAAUGAUCGGUGCCUGUCCAGGUUAGCUCGGACCACCACUACUUCUCUCAGAUUGUUCCGGUCGAAUAGUUUGCAUCUUAGCGCGGCCCCGGUUCGGUACGCAGCUGGGAGUGACCGCGGAUCGAUCACAGCAGGCUAGAAGGAGAUGCUCUCCGGGGCUUGGCAUCCUGCUUCUGUCACCGAGGCACCGGAUAGCCGCAGUGGAAAAGUUACCGGCUGUGCGCAAGACAAACAGACGCUGACCUAGAACAUCUGAUACCAGAACCUGAGGCUGCAGCAGUGAUCUGUUUUUAUUUCUCCGGCGUAACGAAGUAGCCACUCUGCGACCCUCAGUCCGAACCCUGGCGGGGGGAGACCGGCUCUCCUGCUCCGACCUGGCUACCUCUUCAAUGGCUUUUCUGAUGAAGAAAAAGAAGUUUAAAUUUUUAAUUAAUUUGACUUUGGAAGAGCUGACGGCUGUCCCAUUUGUCAAUGGAGUGUUAUUCUGUAAGAUCCGGCUGCUGGACGGCGGGGACUUUACAGACCUGUCAUCAAGGGAGGAGGUACAAGAGAACUGUGUACGCUGGCGGAAGAAGUUCUCUUUCAUCUGCAAGAUGAGUGCCAACCCAAACACAGGAGUUUUAGAAGCCUGCAUCUGCCGAGUGUCUGUGAGAAAGGAACUGAAAGGUGGAAAAGCAUAUUCAAAGCUGGGCUUUGCUGACCUCAACCUGGCCGAGUUCGCUGGCUCGGGCUCGACUGCACGUUGCUGUUUACUUGAGGGUUAUGAUACAAAAAACACCAGGCAAGACAACUCUAUCCUUAAGGUUACAAUAGAUAUGACCCUCCAGUCCGGAGAUCCUUGCUUCAAAACGCCUCCAUCUACAGCUAAAACUAUAUCCAUCCCAGGCCAGGAUGUCUCCCUGCAGCUGGACUGUAAGGGGGAGGGCACAGGCAGCAGUAACAUUAUACAGACAGGGAUUGGUACAGUCCGUCCAAUCAAAAGUCGACCUUCCCCUCUAAGCUCAGGAGGUCUUCUGGAAGAUCCAGAUCAGAAUCUUUCUAGUCCCGAUGAAGUGUUCCAAACAGGCCAUUCCCGAAAUUCCAGCUAUGCCAGCCAGUACUCCAGAAUUUCUGGUUACAGCACAUCUCGUUCCUCCAGUUUGUCUGAUCUAACUCAUCGUCGAAACACAUCCAGUGGUAGCAGUGCAUCUGGUGGUCUCAGCAUCACAGUUGAAAGCCCUGAAGGGGAGAAGGAGCACAAGCCAGAAAAGCCACCACGGCCUCCACGACCCACACUUCCUCAUGAUCGACCCGCAAGGAGAAAGAAGAACUCUGAGGAGAGCCAUCCAACACGUGUGGAUGAUACAAGAAUCGAUGCAGACGACAUUGUGGAAAAGAUCGUUCAAAGUCAGGAUUUCACAGAUGUCAGCAAUAAUGAAGAUAGUAAUCUGAGACUGUUUGUGAGCCGAGAUGGCACCACAGCCCUAAGUGGGACCCAGCUUGGGAACAGGGUAUCUGCUGGAGUGUUUGAACCUGUGGUAAUCGAGAGCCACUAAAGAGCAAAGUGGUACUGCUGAGGGCAUCAACUGUUACCAGCCAGAGUCAUUCAGAUUUCAGUUCAACAAGUGAAGAUCUCAUCCUUGUCUCUCAGUAUAAGAAGAUUCACAAAACACGUCCGUCUCCACAGGGGAUGCCAGUUUUUCCUGUUGUUUUCUUCCAGAAACUGUACUUGGCCUACUGUGAUUCACAGAGCACUUCUUAACGUGGACUAACUUUCCAAGGCUUAACAAGCACUCCAUUUAUUAAGAAGAUUUUGUGGUCUUGCCUUUACUAACUGAAGCUGACCUAGGGGCUUAUUUUUUAAUUAAACUGAGAGAAUAAGACCUGUACAUCAUUUUUCCUUGCUAGGUAAUUUAGUUACCACUUAACAUUUCCAUUCUUGUCCCAUAUGCAGUGGUCUUCUGCUGUUGGUAGAGUUCAGCUUUAAGUUUGUUGUAAGAAGUUUGUUUUUAAAUUUCUGUGCAGUGAAGUAUAUUCUAGUCUCAUACACAAUGUAGUAUUGGACAGAGUAUGAGCAGCUCAAGGCUUAAACAGCAAAGGGACAUACUUUACAUUUUCUGCUUCUGAACAUGUUCCUUUUCAGUCAUAUAUGGAAAUGUCUGAAGGUAACCACCUUGUCUUAUUGCUAAAGCCAUGUCAAAAUUUGAAACAAUAUUUUAAAGAGGGAUUUGACUUGGAAUAAUGACUUGCAGACACUUUGUCAGGUUGCAUAAAUGAUUCCACAAGUAACUGUUGUCAUUGCACUCUCAGUUUUUGAAUAAUGCUAAUUACAUUCCAGUUGAACUGUCAGCAGUUCUAAUAAUAAUAAUAAUACCCACUGAAUAUUGCUGCAGAAUCUACUGUGCAGGACACAGAAGGGAGCUACUGGCUUUUGGGUAACGUUUCACAAUGUACAUUGGGCUAGGCAUCUAGUAUUGACUUAAAAUUGGUUUUCAAGGGACAGACCCCCUAGUAGCAGGGCUCAGCUACUAGCAGCUUACUGUCUGGCAGGAAAUUCAGAUUGGUUGUGGAAGGUAGUGCAGUCUGUCAUUUCAGUAGAGGCUCUGCAUGGAGUCGGGUGCAGACGCGCUCUUUUUGUAGUAAACAUUCCUAGAAAAGGCAGUUCUGCUGGUGAAUCACUGAAGUAAACAGAGGUGUCUCAUAUACAUCUAAUUCAGCUAUGGUGUCUUUAGUCAGUCAUUUUGAAUUACAAGUUUAGACAUUUGGGCUAAAGUGGGUUCGUAUAGAGCGUAGUGUUUUUGGAUCCGAUUUCUUGUUUUUUAUUUCUAUAUCUCCCCUUCUGCUGAACCUACCUCCUCUGUCUUUUCUUUUUUAUUUUGUGUUGUGUUCUGUUUUUGUUUAGUACUAGCUGCCAGCUGGACUGGCUGCCCUUAUUGCAUUGUCAGCACAUAAGCUGUGCAUUGUGUAUGUUUAGUGCCACGUCUGUAUGAUAUGAGUUCUUAUUCCUGUUAAAAGUAUUAAAGUGUUACCCGUGCAGUUGAAUGGGCAUUUUCUUUUGAAUCCUUUUGCUUUAGUCUAAGCUAGAAAGAAAAAAGUUAGGAAGUUGAGAGGUUUUUUUUUUUUUCGAAAUGCUGAUAUCCACGUGUGCAUUUUAUAGUCUGAAAGGAUAGGGGGAUGGUCACGUCAGUUUACAUUUACUAUUUUAGGUCUGCAACCCAGUAAGCUUUCUUUUGGAUACAUUUCUGUAUUUUCGUCUGAAGUAAUUUUUUUUUAAUUGUAGCCAUUCACUUUUUCUUGGCUGUUGAGGCAGGUUUUCAGAGCUACAAGAGAUGAGUUAGGCUACACUUUGUUUUUCUUCAGCUGACUGAUUUUCAUAGUUAUACAUUUUUUUUCACUUCUCUCUUUCCUUUCUGUUUCUUCUCUCUUAUCAUAAUUUCCUUUCAUUUUUAGCACUGUUUUGCUUUUUAUUUUGUUCUCAUCCCCCAUGGGAUAGUGGAAUGCUGUUUUUUAUUCCGUCUGUAAUUCAGGCUGCUGGCCAUGCUAUUGGAAGUUCGGAAUGUCUGUAGCGCUGGCUGCUAUAGUACAGAACUUCAACACUUCAGACAGCAUUGCCUCUGCUAUCAUCAGCUGUGUUUGUAGCAGCGGGAUUUGGCACUUAAAAGUUGUCUGGGCAGCAGUUUAAAAGGUGCAGACAUAAAUGCUGUACUUCAUUUAAGUGCCCUUGCAGGACAAGGGAUAAGCAUAGCUGUGCAUCAUAUGGGUCUUAAAUCCAGCAGGCCUGGAAACAUUAGAAUAGUAACUUUCCCUACAAAAAGCUGGGCUUUAAAGGGGAACUUGCUUUAGUACUGGACCGGGUUAUUGAGUUGAAGCAAGAAAUAUUUUAGUGUCAAGGUUGCUGCCACAAGGGAGCACUAGAAGCAGGGUUACUACAGAUAUUGAUAGUAAUGUUUUCCUGGCGAAACACUACUGUCUACAUGGACCACGCGGAGCAAUUGCUGAAUGUUUACUCAUAUGCAGACCUGAUUGGUAAAUACAAGUUUCUAGAAGCUUCAGUAACUCUUAGAUUUCUUUUUCAGGGAACAUUAUCCUUAUAUACAUGUUCAAAACAGGUCAUAGAAGACAAGUUGUAAUAACUGAAGCGAUUACCUUGUGGGAAUGGUAUUUGGGGGAAAAGGGCAUGGAAUAAAACCAGAGAAUUAAAUCAGCUGCUUUGAAAAAAAAGAUAUGCAUGUAAUCAAGCAUGCAGUAUGUUAAAAAUACUGUGCUCGAUAGUACUCCUUGGUCCUUUUUUAACAAACAGACAUGGGCUGAUUUGAUUCCAGAGUCAGUUAUAAAAAUUGAUUUUUGCUAUGUGGGGAACAUCAUGUAAUCCCAAAGCAGGAUAGUUAACAUGCUGUGCAGUCACAAGGGUUCAUUCUGUGAUUCUGUUUCUAUACCCAAUGAAUGUUUCUGGUACUUAUUUAUAAAUGGGUUUAACUUGUACUGGAUAGUAAUGUUUUGCAAAGAAAACCAGUGAUUUGUUGCCUAUUAAGAAAAGUCGCAAUAUUACCUUGUGUAAUUAGUUAAAUGGGCAUGGAGGGUGGGUUUUAUUAGUGUCAGCAAAAUGAAAUAAAGUUCAGGUUACAUUUGGUAUAGUAGGGGCUUUACUUGUAAAAUAAAAAUUAUUCUUUUCCAAAAUAUUUUGUUUUAGUUCCCACAGAAAGUAGAUAAUGUAGAUUCCAAAAACAUAAAAAUGUACUUAUUAAAAAUGCCAACAAUGUGUACUAGAACUUGCACAAAUACCUCUUAAAAAGCAUACAUUGAACGUUAGGCUACAUGUUUGCAGAGAAAGAGAAACAACAGGAUUCUGUUAACCAUGAUCCACACAGAGUCCUGAACUUAAUGACUGAGUUAUCAGUGCAUCAGACCUUGACAUUCACUUCAAAGACGCUUCUUGCAAAUUGUCAUCACCAUUGUCUCUAGUUAACAGUAUAUCACCUCUGAUUUCCAUGUAAUACUCAGAUUGCAAUCAAUGAAGAGAAAUAGUAGCCAAUUCAAAAUAGAUGGGAUUGUUUAGGAAUAGUUACCAGAUGAAAUUCAUUGGGCGUUUUAGCACAAAUAUUCAGGGAAUUCUUUGUCAAAACAAAGGUUGCCCUGUGUCAUGUUUUAUGAUUGCACAGUACUACUCACACGGCUGAAAACAUUUUUUUUUUUUUGGGGGUGAGAGAUUUUUUGAAAUUACAAAACUGAAAUAGAAUUCAGUAAAAACUACUUUGUGGCAACUGUAUGUCUAGAAUAUUUUUUAAAGGUAGAAAAUGUUGCAGAUGACAUAUUCAUCAGUUGUAAUAUAAUUUUAGAACCCGUUGUUUAUAAUUUCUAAUUCACCAUGAUCAGACUCAUGGGAUUCACUAAUUAAACUUGGUUGCAUUUUCAAAUGAGGUAUAGCACUAAAUUUGCUGUUAAGCCCUGCCCAAUUUAUGCAUCUAAUCUUACCUGCCAGUUUGAUUAUUCUUUCAUUAACACUGUGCCCCUUCUCCUUCUUUAUGGGGUUUUGACACAACUUGCAGAGGUUGAAAACUAAAACAGUGACUAUCUAACUGCAGUUAUAAAUACACAACCAAAGAACUCGUGCGUUGUGAGUCACUGUGUCAUGCAUUGCCUCAGUUAUGCAUCUUCUGAAUGCUCUUCUAGUUUUUCAUGGUGAUUCACUGGUAAAAGACAUUGAGUGUACCACAUAAUAUGCAUUACAUUUACAAACUGUUGGCACAUGAACUUGUUUUCGAUAGAGGAUGGUUAUAGGAAUCCACCUUUUUAAUGUGUGGACACUGAUUGUAGGGACCACACUUAAACUUAAAUUAUAUUACUGAAAGUCUAAAUAAUGACUUGUUCUGUUUGCUAAUGUACGAACCCCUGUAGGUUAUAUUUUUGGCUAUUCUCUAAAAAUGUUAUGUACAACAUGUCUUUCUCAAAAAUAUUUUUAAAAUUGUUGUACGUGUUUCACUGUUAAUAACUGUGCAUUAUAUUGUUUGCUAAGAAUUGGUACUGCCUCUCGACUUUGCUCAGUAUGGCCAUGCGUUUUUUAACUGAUGUAUUUUGAGCACUAAACUUGGCCUUUUGGGAUUUUGUUUUUACAUUAUUUUUAACAAAAGGUUUGUGUAGAGGUUACACCACAGUUUGUCCUGUAAUCUUGUUGGUGAUAUCUAAAUUAGUCUCUGACUCAUUAUUGCUAAGGAGUCUGGAAAAAAUAUGUUUUUCUUGCUCUAUUGCUUUGGCCAGUUAAAUACAUUGUACCUUUCAGAAUGUCUUUUACCAGUAUAGUCAUAAUCUGUAAAAUGUUUAUGUAAUUUAAUUCAAAAUUGUUUGUAACAAGAAUGUUCAGCAUGCUUUUAUAGUGCAUUUUCAUGGUCAGUUCCCUUGUCAUGAAACCUUAGCUCCAAGUCAUUGUGCUGUCCUGCAUUGGACCACAUUGAGCUUUUAGAUAUAUCUCAGUCCACUUUUUUACAAGUCAAGGUUAUAUAAACCAUAUCUGCAACUGUUGAUUAUUUUCAAUCCUGUGUGUACCAUUUUAACCACUGGAUAGGCCUUUAAAGAGGUGCAUUGUCAGUACAGUUGUCUAGCCUUUAACAGUAUUUUUCCAGCUUAAAGAAUGCCAAAUUAAUGAGCAAACUGGAUUGUCUAGUCACCAUCUGGUUAGUUGUACCCACACUUGAGUCUAAGAACUGGUUCUACUUGUCUUCUUCAAAAAGAAUUGAUCCAGUUAUUGACUGCUAGCACAGACAAGGAAUUGCAACUGCUUCCCUUCCUGUCGCCCUUGAGGGUCAAUGCCCAGAAACCACAUUCCAGUAAAGCAAUAGUGCAAAUGUUGGAUCUUGAGAUAGAGUGCAACAAGGUUGGUCAUUGUGCUAAGACGAUAUAUUUAGUUGACUAUAAUUCUGUUUGCAGCUGAUGAAGGAUAUGCUGUCCAAAAUUUUUUGUGUUUUAAUAAGUAUUUAUCUUAACAUACAGUUGCUACAAAUUUCUUUGAUUUUUUUAUAUAGAGUUUAUUCAUUAAUAGUAGCUUACCUAGACAUAUGAGCUUGGGUCAGCCAUCUUGUUUUGGUUAAAAACUAGAUUGAAGAACACUGUGAGCAUACCUGUCAACAUACCUCUUAAAUGUCCAGAAUUUUGCAGAAUGGCCCUGUUUUUGCCCUGUUCCUGAUAAGAGUUUUGAUUUUCUAUUAAGUUACUGAGGAUUACAGUCAGUCAGUAAUACCAAACAUUACAGUUUCAUACUUAUUUCUGUUCAGAAAAUGCACAUUGAUGCAAUUUUGGUAUACUAACUUUUAAAGUGAAUUAAAGUAACAUUUAAAAAUUGUCCCCUAUUUUGGGCUUUUGCUCCCAUUUUUUUGUUUGUUUUUGUACAGAAUUCUUCUGGAAAGAAAUUAAGAGGUAUGCCAGAUUUUGUCUCACACUUUUGCUCUGACACUGAUAAAAUUAGUGAUCUUCUGGAAGAUCUUUGAAGAUUACCUUCAUUAAGUAAUACCAAACAUUAGAUGUCCAGACUCACUGUCGUACGGAAAACGCACAUUAAUAUAAAUCCCAUUAUUCUCUUACUUGUCUGCAUGAGCAAUAUUUUAAAAAUAUCCCUGAUCUGGGUCUUAAUUCCUUAUUUUUGUUUGUUUUGUCUCUGAUGCUGGGAUUUAAAGUUGGGGAAUUGUGUUGUAAGGCAUAGUUGCUUAAAACUAUUAGGGAGUGAGGCACAUUAUCUAAGGGGAAGCUGUAGACGUACAUGUGAGAGCAGUUAUUGAAUGUAUUAGGGCUUUUAUUAUAAAACCAGACUUUUCAUUGGGCAUACUGGACUUUUCAGGUAAAAUGCAGUUGUAUUUUAUGCUGAAAGCCCGCACCAGCUAUUUCUGCAGCAGUUGCUGCUUUAAGCACUUAACAUAAAUAACUGGUAGUGGGAGAUUCUUAUAAACAUUCCUAAUAUUGUAGGAUGCAAUGUGCUCAGAUCAUGACAGUGAUAUUUGAGUAUAAGUAAAUUCCUUCCUGGCUCCUAGCUUGUUUGCUAUCAAAAGAAUGUAAGAUACAGCAUGGUAUUGUUCAUUUCCUGCCAAAACUGUAUUUUUGUUUUAGUUUAACUUUUAAUUCUGUGGUGCAAGAGUUUGCUGUGCUUAAAGAAAACGGAGAACUGCAGGCAUUGAGUAUUGAAGCCACAGAGGGAGAGAGGAGGUAUUUUAGUAAUGCUGAGGAACCAUGGAAAUGUAUCAUUAUCCACAUUCCAAAUCUAGAAUGCUGUAAUCUCCCUCAGAAACACAAGUAAACUGCUGUUUUUUUUUUGCAACUUUGUUUUUGAAACACAGCCAUAAAGUUUGUAGCUGUACCUUUGAAUUGUACUGUGCCUGUCUGUGUGUGUGUAGCAUGCAGAAAUGUUCAUUUCUUACUGUUAUUCAAUAUAAGUCAAACAAAUGCCAAAAGGCGUUCUUCCUCUUAAACUAAACCACUGUUUUGAUAAUGUUGCUGUGUUUUUGUGUGUGAUUUGGUUUUGUGUUUGACCAGCUGGCUGGUUCAUUACUGUGUUUGUUUUAGUCACUGUAAUUCAAAGCAAGAAGACUAUGAGUCUACGCCCAUUUGGACUACAGAUUAGGUGUUUUACACCUCUCCCGCCAAAGUAGUGUUUCAGAAAAAUGUGUUUUGUAGCAGAGGCAGUUUGUUUUAUUGUAUUUUAGUCUAAAUGAUGUAAAUCCUUUCUGUACUGUGGCAACCUCUAAUCCUUUUUUUCCCCAAGUACAAUAUUGGUGAAGGUUGCUAUUCAUUCAGGACUGAAUUUCAGGGGAGAAGGGCAGAAAACUCUCUGCUUUCUUGUACAGUCUAUUUUAAGGCUGAUAGAUGUCACUCUGACAGCCUAAGGAACAGUUCUUAGCAACAUAACUGUUUCUUUUAUUUCAGUUCUGCUCCUCAAGCAUGUUACGGUUUGCAGUAAAUUGUAGCAGCAGGAACAGAGACCAAAUUCUUAAAAUGUCUGAGUUUUGAAUAACUUAACUGAAAUAUAUUUUUGCUGAUAGUUUUAUCCUUUUUGGUGAAAGAAAAAAUAAUUUUUGUAUUCUACUGGCACUUUAAAUGAUUAGAAUCGGUUUGAUAAAGCUUCAUAAUUGAAACUCAAAUAAGUCUGUUAAAGAAAUAUGAACUGUUCUUUUAAAAUGGAUUGUUUCUUGCUGAAUGCAAAAAAAAAAUAUUUAGAAAUCUGUUUAAAAGUUUCCUAAGAAAGAAAUGAGGAAGAAAAAUAUUGAAACUAUGCUUAGUAAAAUUGAAACUCGUAUUACUUGUAUGUAACAUUUGUAGCAUGUACAACACUGCAGUGAACUAAUAUAAACUUUGAGGGGGGAAUGCUACAACUUUGACAGGCUCUUCCAAUUCCUGUAACUUAAAGGGACUAAUCUUAUUACUCUGUAGUACACAAAAGCAGACACGAGGUGGCAUUGUUGUAUUAACCAUAUGUUUUGUGUGGAGCACUGAGGUACAAAGUUUAAUGAAUAUCAGUCAUAACUCUGAACUUCCCCCCAUUUUAGCUCAAAAUUUAACCCUGUCCCUGCUUAAGAAAAUGUGGUUAAUUGCACUUCAUAAUGAAUGCCAAUAAUUAGAGAUGCAGGCUUUUUACUUCAGUAGAUGGAGGUCAGCUCGCAUUCUCUUAUUUUGUCAGCAUCUCAGGUUAAUGGUACUAAUGUUUUAAAAAGCAUUCCUGAUUAUUUUUGAAUUUAUCCCUGAUUCUUGAGGUAAGCAAUUGAGAGAUAAUGAUGACAAUGUGUAUUUUUUUGAAAAGUGUAAAGGCGAUAAAUAUUUACAAGUAACAUCUUAUAGAUGAAUAGUUACUUAUUUGUUUUCGGCCUCCAAAUCAGCAUAUCUUGUGUUAUUGAUUUCAGCAUAUGUUUUUUUUUUUACAUUUUAAUAAGGUAAGCCCACUGAACCCAAGUGUCCCUUUUCAGGGACAGCCCAUGAGCACUGUGUGCUUAACUUACUUGCUCAGAGUCACACAGUAGAUAAAUGGAGGUGAAAGGACUCAAACCUAGUCCCUUGCAUACAUUAAGUAGCACAUUAACAGCCCAUAGACUUAAUCAUCUUUACUAACUGCCAAAUAAAUUCAUUGUACAGUCAUUUGGUAUAGUUUGAUUUGCUUCUGUGUUGAGGUAGAAAAGGUGCUAACUUUAACUUUCCACAACCCUUUCUACAAUUGUACUUUUGCCAUUUUUGUCCCACAUGUCAUACUUAAGUUUGGAAAUCACACCAGCUUGCCUUAACCUAAUCUUUACUCUUGACCUGCUUUUGCAUUAUGUAUAAUCUGUCUUAACAGAAGAUUCUAUCUUUCUGCUUUCAGUCAUUGCAUUUCAGGUACAGGGUCUUGUGUUCCGUCUAGUCAAAAAUGGUUUCAUAUUGUGAGCUGAACUCCGUUAUUUUCAUAAAUUAUUCUUUAUCUCAUCUUAUAAUGCUUUCUCAUUGCAUGUUUCAAGUAUGCUCAUUAGCAGGUGUCGUAACCAAACUUGUCAGAGUUGGAUUCAAUUUAAUAAGUCACGCUGCACCAAUAUUCUAGUGACAAGGUCCUCCAGUCCUCUUGUUUUGUUAGGAGUCAUUGAGUUCAUUUUGCGUUAGAGCGUGAUCUGCCCAUUUAGUUUUUCAAGACACGGUGCUUCCAUGAAGCAUUGCCUCAUGUUUGAAUGUAAGAAGUAUAUGCAGAUGUCAUGAUUUAGUGUAUGAAGGACUGUAGACUCUCAUUUUUUUCCUGCUCUGGAACAAGUGCUGCUUUAAUCAUUUUUUUUUGUUUUUUUUAUUUUUUGCCCAAGUGGUAAACCACAAGAAUGGUGAGUGCAGAGAAUGCUACUUGGUUUGGGCGAAAUGCCAGCAUGACGACACUUUAGUUAUCCUUCCAGAGACAUGUCCUUCUCAAAGUUUAAGCACUUAGCAAGAGGGGCAUGAAAGAAAAUCUCAGUAACAAAAUGGAAUGUUUUGUACACCCCAUGUUCACAUCGUUAGUUUUUCUUUUUAAAUUUACAAUUCCAAACUCAACAUGUUGAUUCAAAUUCUGUCUUUAUACUUAACAUGCUUUGUAAUUUCCAUUAUGUAAUGAGGAGCUUUCUUGGAAUGUCAAAGACAGCUGUAACUGAGGCAUGAUAGUUUCUUUUACUUCACUCAGCUAUCACUUUGAGUUUUUCCUUUUUAUAAUGCAUUUCAUUCUGAACAUCACCUUUGUUUGCCAAGAUAUUAGAAGUAGUAGAGUCACAGGGUCACUUCACUUGUAUCCUCUUCUAGAAACUUGGACUUAUUCACUUCUGUUUUACAAUGAUUACACCUGUGACCGAGUUUGUUUUGCUUCUGCUUUCUGUGCUCUAAUCAUUACCAUAGUAAAAUGUGCUAAGGAAAAAUAGCUGCACUUUUUAUGCUGUCACAAUAUUUCCCAUCUCCUUUAUGUGCCAAGGAAAAACAAUUGCACUUUUUAUGUUGUCUCGACAUUCCCCAUCUCCUUUUACUCCUCUUUCCCCAUUGAAAGGCAUUUGCUUUACAUGAGGCUCUUCUAUCAUUUGUUUCUCCUUGGAAUACAUUCUUGGUGAAUGGUCUCCAUUGGGGAACUGAGAAGGGUGAUGAGUCAUCCAUUUCUGUUGUGGAUGAUGCUGGUGUGAUAGAACUGAUAAAAAUGUUUCCAUAUUUUAAUGUCUGCGGACAAGAAAAGUAAUUCAUAAAGUCUGACAUGCUGCUAGAGAGAGAGAGAUGAUUGAUACUAUUCUGUUAUGGUAAGGUCUUGAAUCGCUUAUUCACAAUUUGUUCCAUCUACGAUUUGCCCUUCACCUGAGUUGCUUAGCUGAAGUGCUCCACCAACUAAUUUGUUGAUUUUAUUGGUAGAGAGGCUUUCUGUUUCAUACUGACAUUCAUUCACUAAUUGUGGUUCCUAUCACUAUGUCACCAGUGCUCUUAUCCAAGAAACUAGCUCUGAUUUCAGGCUGCAAGUGGUAAUUCUUUCUUUUGGUUUUAAAAAGGACAGAACAUUGUCUUUAUUUGGUAGCAUCUAUCCUACAUUUUUUGUAAGGUGAUAACACAUAAUUCCCCAUAAAUUUGCCACGUUCUCUGUAGUUGUACUUCAUGCUACUUAUGACUGUAAAUAAUCCCGAAAGAAAAAACAAAGGAGUGGGCAUGUAUUUGAAUUUGCAUUUUGUUUUGCAUUAAAUAAACUUUGAACAGAUAUGGACAAUACUGGUCUUUCCAUGUCUGAGGAAAGGGCUUGUCUGUUCUAAGAUGCAUUUCAAAAUAUAGUAAAAAAACAAAUUACUCACUUGUGCCUGCCCAUUUCUUUCUUUUCCUAGGGCAUGUAUCCUGCCUGCUUUACUCUUUUUUUUUUUAUGUUCGAAGAAAGCUAAGAGAAUUUAUUUUAAGAUAUAUUUUAAACCAGUAUUUUUCACUUACUUGAAAUGUGUUGAAAUAGUGUUCAAAGUAAGAGCACUCCCCCGGUUUUAGAGAUUGUACUAUAGCUCUAUUUUUGAAAAGGGAAAGAUGCUUUGCAGUAGAACAAAUGUGCUUAUUCCUGUGGUCUGUUGGAAUUCAGGCUCAUAUCUUCAAAUUAAUAAAAAAUUGUAUAACUCUGACAGAGAGAAAGAAAGAAAGAAAAAGAAUAUGACUUCUCUAUUUUUGUGAUUUAAAAGUCUAUUGGUUUAAAAAUAUACUAAAAUGGGGAUUUUAUGUUGCAGGGAAAAUUGUUUAGAAUUGAAUUUCUUGUGGUUUUAUCUUCUAUACAGGACCAUGCUUGUUAAUUUUUAUCCUGAUGGGACUCUAUAUUGUACUUGAUUGAAAUUAUAUUUGUAAUUGCAACUUGAUUCCUAUUGUAGAGUGUAAGAGUAUAAUAGGAAGACAGUUUUAAUGUACAAUGUUGUUUUUUGGGACGAAAAUAAAAAAAUGUUCUUGGAUAACUUGA